AAAAAACUAAAACGACAGGUCCAUUUCCUGAUAGUUUAAGUCCCAACGAGGACUUGUUGUUUGAACCAAUUUAGUGUCAGCUGGCAUGGGGAUUCUUUAGUGAACAUGUUCAGGCGAGUUUCUAAAUAAUUCCGCGACUUAAAGUAGUUUUGACUGGCAUUUGACAGCUGAUGCAAUUCAUACAAACAAGAUUUCCUGCUUACUGUAAGGUCAUUCAAAGCCACGACAUUAAUGAGAUUAAUGGCUCGAGUGCAAGGACCUGCUGAAGAUCGCAGAGAUUAAAUGAUGAAGGAUGUUUUAGAGAGGAAGUUAUACAUUAUUCAAUAUUUUCUAACUUAUAUACUUGGUGUAAUUAUAGAAAACAGAACUUCAAAUAUCCCUUUGAACAUGUUUAAUCAUAUUUAAUAAGCAAGUUUAUAAUCAAAGACUCAAGCCCGUAUAGCCUAAACGGUAGAUAAGUCAAAAUUAGGUAACCGACUCUCACGUCUCUCUUGAAUAAGUCUACUUGAAUAUUAUGCACUGAAUAUGUAGUUGUAAACACUAAACAGUAUCUUUGUAUUAAGGUUAAAGACAUUCCGUCCACUUGUUAAAUAAGACGAUAGACUUGCUUUCUAUUUUGAACUUAAACACCGUUUAGCUUGAUACAACCUCCCCUGAAGUAAAUGAAGGAUAAGAGCGUUCAAGAGCCUUGUCAUCCAGCCAAUUCGUUCAGUCUUCCCACCAUUGAUAUUUAUUUACAAGAUGAAUAUCUCUCUAGGACUAAUGUUAUGAAGAAAUACGAACAGUACCAGACACCUCAAGCGACGACAAAACAAGUUACGAAGUAUAGAAGGACAUGUACACAAACUUGCGCGAUCUGGGGUUUUUUUUGUACAACAAAAUGCAGCACAAGGUCAUACACUGCGUACGUGCCUGCUUAUAAAAUGGUAACGAAGACAAGAGUUGUUUACGUAUGCAAGACUGGAUGGAAACAGAAAGGAAAUGAAUGCACUAUACCAAUAUGUACUGGUGGUUGCCAAAAUAAUGGCGUGUGUAUCUCUCCUAACGUUUGCAAUUGCACGGCGCAGUGGAAUGGAUCUAGUUGUCAACAAGAUGUGAACGAAUGUGAUCCUAGCAGUGAUAUCUCUCAUGGCUGCCAAUAUAAGUGUGUCAAUUUUCGAGGCGGCUACAACUGCACUUGCGGGGAUGGUCAUUUUUUGGCCUCAAAUGGAAAGAACUGCACAGAUCAUGACGAAUGCGCGGGGAAUGUCCAUCAUUGCCAACAAAGAUGCCUUAAUUUUGCCGGAGGAUACAGUUGUGCCUGUCGACCUGGAUAUAGCUUGAAUAUAAGUGAUAACAGAACCUGUAACGGUCAUUUGUGUGAAGAAGUUCGUGGUCCUGUACAUGGUUCAAUGCGGUGCACCGGAAAUACAACAGAUCACAUCUGCACUUUUUACUGUGAUCCUGGGUACGAAUUAUUAGGAUCAAGUAACCGCUCAUGCAGUGCUACGGGAAGGUGGACUGGUGACGAGACUAUUUGUAAAAUCAUUCACUGUCCCAAGGCGCCCGCACCCCAACAUGGUUUUGUUUAUGCGCCAUGCUAUACGCCGUUCAGGUCGGAGUGCAUUGUGGGAUGCAUGCGUGGUUACUUCAUGGAAGGAAGCGCAAAGAUAUCUUGCAACUCAAGUGGUGAUUGGCAGCCAGAAAAUAUCCUCUGCACAAAAAGUACAGCGUGCGAACGAAACCCAUGUCAACAUAACGGACUCUGCAUUCCGUUGAGUUUAUCACGCUAUGUUUGUAACUGUUCCAACACGGGAUACCGAGGGACGAAUUGUCAUGUAGGAUACAUCGAUGCUCCCUAAUAUCGACGAGUAGCAACUGGAAUCCCGUCGUCACCAUUGGAAUUUCGAUCUUCGCCUUUGUCUUCCGGUUACGUAAUCCUUACCCCCAGCAGCCAUGACGUCAUGUUUACUCCAACGUUUCUUGUAUUCAAUUCCUCGUCUUCUGUCCAGUCUCUCACGAUCACGACGAACAAGGUUGGGAUAAAGUUAAUUAAGUAUUCCAUAUCCGGUCCAAACGCCGUCGAGUUUGCUCCGCCCGGAAAUGACGUCAUCUUUGUUGACGUCGUCAAGAAUUCUACCAAUGAAAAGGUCGGAAACUCCACUGCGACAAAGCUGAGACUACCAAUCGGUUGUAAUGAAAUGGUGUUAAAGAAAUGCCCAUCUGGUAAUGACGUGAUCGUAUCUUCUUCAACGAAGCCAUGGAAAACCACGGGGUUAGUGACGUCAUCAAGUGGUGUAAUCAUAGUGCAUGCUGGGAAAACAGAUUUCCCGAUGUCUCUUUUAGGCGCGAGUUUUCCGAGGAACACACAGUCGGUUGAUGAAAAGUGCUAUAAUAGUCAAAAUUACUCUGUCGAGCAGUUAGCCAGAAAUCAAGUUUUGACAGAGACUUUUUUGUACUCUUUGAGACACAGUUUUCCAAAAUGGUUAAGGGUGAAUUUACGACGCGAAAUUCGAACAAAAUCAGUCCACUUAUCCGACAUGAGCGCGCAAUUUUUGUCCGGUAAAAAAUUACCACAUCAUACCGCGCAAGGGCAACCCAUUUCCGAUGAUUCCUUGUUUUUACUUCUACGAUCUUCUAACAUUAACGUGACUUUGGAAAAUGACGGCGAUGUUUUGAAGACACGUGAUGGGAAUACACUAACCUCAUUGGCUGUCGAUCUGUGUAGCGGGUCCCCCGGGACAGUCAUCUUACGUGCCCCACGCAAGCACGAGAAUCUCAUCCAGAAUGCUUCGGUUUUCAAAAGACUGAAACUUGAUGGUUGGAAGAUGACCGUUUUUUCGCUUCAAAUUUCCAAAACAAAUUCCAUACAGACUCCGUUUGGAAAGCAGAGCUUUUGGAACGGCGAGAGACUUAUAACAGGUGAUUUAAAAAGGAAAAGUAACCUCGCUGUUGUAGCCAAACUAAGAAAGUCGUUUACUGGACAGAACAUCACUUCAUUUCUUGAAUUUGAUGGAACAAUGGUUAUUGCUGUCGACGACUUGGAUAAUGUUUUACAGUUCCCGUUAGACCAAAUGUGGUUGGUACAUCUUUACGGCAACAUUAAAUUGACGAUACAAUUUGCGGUGGAAGGAAAAAUGACGAAUAUGACCUUAAAAGCUGCUGAAUCUAUAAGUUUUGCAACGUUUGGAGAAAGUUCAAAAGGUGACAAAAAAGUUGGCCAAAAAGGAUUGUACCUCUCAAAUUCCUUCGAAACCAACCCUUUCAUCGACUCAGACCUGGCAAAAUUUGUCGAGACAUCUCCUGGCGAUGGAAUCCAAGCUUUCAUUGAAACGAAUUUGCGGUCGAGACUCACAAACAAGUCCUCGUCGGAUCAGAUUAAGUCUGUUAACUUGGCAUUUCGUGGAGUUCUUAAAUUCGGCCCGUUGCGAUUUGAAGACUUUGGUAUCGUAUUGAAAAAGCAAAACAAAUUGGGCUGGAACGACGAAGAUGUUGAUAUCAGGGUAAAGGGUAAAGCACGCACCGACAUGGCUCAAAAAUACGGCAUAUUUAAACCGAAAAAUCUGAAUGUGGAUCUUCGAAUUUCAAGCCGAAACAGUCGUAUGUCGAGAGGUUCAUUUGAAAGCAAUGUUGAGCUUCUAGGAUUGCAGGAUUUGGUGAAUGUAUCUUUUGGAAGAAACGGAUUAAGAUUCAACGCAACCGGUAAUGUGCAUGGUGUCUUUGAAGCCGACUUGAGUUGUGUUUCCUCGUUAGAAUCUUGGAAAAAUCAAAGGUUCGUUGUAUCGGGCCAGUUUAAAUCGGGUGCAAGCAGUCUUAUGGAGGAUCUAGGAAACGUUUUGAACGACUAUGCUUUCAAAGUUCACGACAAGGCGAUGAAACGGGUUGCCUUCUUCGGAAAAAGAACCGAAAGAGCUAAAUCUCGCCUUGAUAACGUUUUGGCUGUCGUCGAAGGUAAACAAGACGACCUCAACAAAUCGCUGGCCGCGUACAAUGACUCGAUAAGAAAGUUAAGGGCAGUUGAGGCACACUUUAAAACUCUCCAAGGAAAUGUUAGUCAUCGUUUAGACAGUCUUAAAGCGCGCCUCGAUAAAUUUUGCCCUGAAGUAAAACAGUGCCCGGAAAUUUGUCAGACCGGCGUAGUUUGCAAGCAUUGCAAUUAUGAUAGCUGGGAAGUUAAAAGGAAUUGUCUGACCACUUGUCACAAAACCGAAACUCUUCUAGUCAAAACAAAUGCAAGUUAUGUACCUUGCAAACGGCAAGAAUGUGUCAGAGUUUAUGUAAAAGACGGUCUGGUUGUGAAUGGUUUGCAGAAGACUCUGUACAAUGUACAAAAGGAUAUAUUUUCGUUUGGAAAGAAUUCAAAGGGAACGAACGGUAUUAUUGUUGGUGGAAAAUCUGAACUAUUCCCUGGCACAAAAAAGCGAGAUGUGUGUGGAUAUUCUAAUAACAUUAAUAAUCUAUAUUCUGAGAAACUUUGCGAGCAAGACGAUCGCAAUGGCCACUGGGAUUGCAACAUCCGCACCGAAACCUGCGCCACCUCCGGUCAUCGUUACGAGAAAUAUCAUGCGCCGUACACGUGCCAACGCCCAUGUGAGACACACGUGACCACGGAGAAUAUCACGAAAAGCUGUUGCGCAACCGUCCCGUGCGCUUUCAAAUCGGUCGACCGAGACUGCGUCGCGAAAAAUGUCUUCUGCAAUAAGAUUCGAAUCGAAGCGUUGGAUAAACUAACCGCAAAUGAAUCUAGCUUUGAUAUUCGUGAUAUGCUUAAGGAAGUAGAAACAACCAGAGGUGAAUUAUUUUAUUGGCAGAUUCAGUCGCGCAUUGAUGAAAUUCGGCUGAAAUCUGCGAGGAAUCUUUUAAGCCUGGCACAAGACACAGCAACACGCCUUCAAAAGGCCUACGAUAAUAGUUUGAAGUCAAACCUGAACAUUUCGAGUUCGCUUGUCCAGAAAUUGAACUUGAAAUGGAUUCUUGAUGAAAAUAGGCGAGGAAUCGAAAUCCAUAGCGCAAGCUUUGAAGUGGAACUUCAGAAGGGUGGGAACUAUUUGAUCCCUGUUCAGUUUAUCUUAAACGUUAACGGUACGCUUCAUGAGUUUAAAGCGAUUAUUGAUUUCCGAGAAGUGAACGCGUCCCUAAGCGGUGUAGCAAAAGAUAUUUUAGACUUGUAUGGGAAACGUGGAGUAGAAAACGAUGGGAACUCGCGAAGGAGACGCUCAAUCGACAAGGAUCAUGCCCUGUCGAGCUUACAAAAGUACAAUGCUUUGUGUACACGAUUCAUCAACAAUGAACAGGCUUUUGAAGAUAUGAGUAGGUCGCUGUUCAACCUCACGACAGAAGCGAAAGAACUUAUCAAAGAUUCUCUAAAAAGGAAUACAUCUCUUAGCUCUUUUAACGCCAGCCAUAUUUUCGAAAACUUUAACACAAGUCAGGCUUCUUCAUUUAAGCUAAAAAUUGACAAAGAAUCGUAUUUAAGUAGUCUUAAGAACGACAAAACUAUGUUAUCUGCGCAUGCACUCCACGACGAAGCACUCAAUGAUGGCUAUAAACCCCUGAAUUUAAAUUCGAAAGUACUUUUCAAGAACUGGUUUACAGCCAUGGAGAAAAUUUUUGAGGUCGUGUUAAGGAACUGUAGUGGUUUUGAAGAUUGUAUUGUAUUCAUAACGGACAGUUUGUUCGAGAUGAACGAGGCCUCGGGUUUGCGUGGAUCGCAUAAACUUCGUGAGAUGAUCGCAUUCCUCCGGAAAGAACUCGGCCGCCUGAGCAUUAAUACCGAGAUCUCUUUGAACGAAGCCAACGAAGUCUCGUGGAAUAUAUUAAACACUUUGAAUGAUAUGAGAGCUGUUAAACUAUUCUGCGCACAGGCACCAAAUAUUACGAAACAGCCCGAUACCUUUACGGACGUCGGCGAAGGAGAACCGUUGAUUCUUACUUGUAAUGCAAGCGGAGAUUUCCUGAAGUUUAACUGGAUGUAUAAUGAUGAUUAUUUAACCGAUCAAACAUCAAGAACUCUUUUGAUAACUGAGGCUAAGUCCACGCACUCUGGUAAUUACAGCUGUGUAGUCACGAAUCACGUUUCCAUGGAAAUAUCAUCCCCUGCUACGGUCAUAGUCCACCCCGCACCGUCCAUUACCGUUCAACCAAUCAAACGCCUGAACGCAAUCGUUCGGACCAAUAAUUCGCUCCGAUGCUUGGGCGAAACCACAGACAAAAACAUGACGUAUCAGUGGUAUUUCAGAGCAAAGAACUCCAGCGUGUUCAUGAAACUACGCGGUCAGGAAUUUUCAUAUUUGAAUUUCAUUCCGGUAGAGAUUCGCCAUGAAGGAUGGUAUUAUUGCAACGUCAGCAACCACUAUGGAACUAGUCGUUCUAGAACUAGUUACAUGAAGGUCCUAGAUUUUUCUAUGCCAGUCUCUGAUAUAAAGUUAUCCGUAAGUUUGUCUCGAAGUAAAAAGAAUGUGAGGGCUUUUAGACGAUCAGAACCAGAUGAAAUUAGCUAUGAGGAAAUUCGUUCAAAGCUUUUGUCGCUGUUGUCUUUCUAUGGCAGAAAGAAGUUAUCUGUUCGCGGUAAUGCAACAACAACCUUUUCUAAUGGUACAUCGUCUGCUUCUGGUAAUAUGACCUCGAAUUCAUCAGCGCAAUUCAACCCACAAGUCAUAGAUUUGAAGAUAAACAAGUGCAGUACAAUACCAUUGUCUCAAGUUUGUCAGUGGGUGUUCCGAUACGUUGCCGACCGUGUGUCCACUGGUAAGGGUGGAAAUUUCGUAAAGGAUGCGGGCGAGUUGAUUGGCUCGUUGCGAGAGCUCCGUGCGGCUAUUGGUCGGUUGGUAAAAGCGGCAAACGGUGGGGCAUUAUAUUUUGACAUUGGUGACCAGAGAUUUUCCGUGGAAGAAAAUUCUGUUGGUGUUGAAAGCGUGACAAUGGCUUGUCCUCAAGGAAAGAAACUGCAAAAGGACUUCAGAUGUGUUGAUUGCCUUCCUGGAUAUUAUGGAGUAAUAGAUGAAAAUGCCAUAGCAACUUGUGUUGCAUGUCGGGUGGGUAUGUACCAACCAUCCAGUGGUCAAAGAACAUGCGUUCAGUGUCAGGAGGGCUUCACAACCGUGGAAGAAGCCGCCAUUGACUUGUCCCAGUGCAAAGUCAUCUGUCCAGCUGGUACUUAUGGUAAAAUCAUCGAUAAUGUCGGGAAAUGUCUGGCCUGUCCUGGUAAUACGUAUCAGCCAAUGAGAGGGCAAUUUGAAUGCCUGCCAUGCCCCGAUGGUCAAGUGACUGCCACCAAAGGAGCUAGGAACAUUUCACAAUGCCUUCCAGAACCAACUACGACAAAAAAACCUACGGAGAAGCAAAACACACAAGAGAAUACAGGGACAAGUAAAGAAGAAACUAAUCCAACGACAGAUGGCGGAGGAGAGCCAGGAAAACUCGGAGCUCGAAAGGACGCGAAUGAGGAAAAUAAAGCUGCUGUCAUUGGCGGUACUCUUGGAGGAUUCUUUGUUCUUUGCGUUCUCCUGAUAUUUUUCUUCGUGCAAAGAUAUCGGACCGCAAAGAGAUCUGAUGAACUCGCCGAUGAUAAAAAUAUCGUCUCGUCAGAUCACGAAAUGGAGUUGAAUGCCUGGAGUAAUCCAGCCUUUAACGACGAGGUGUGUAGCAAUGACGAGACGGAAAAUAGCGAGAAUCUUACGAACACAACCUCUGGUGAUCCCGAGGAUUCAUUGUACGUGAUAAGCCCGACUCCGGCUCGUUCCGAGAAGGAAGCGAGCGACCUUUCGGAUCCCGUUGUCCUUCAGGUACAUAUGGACUACCAAAAUAGUUCAGCUUGUAGAAAUCCGCUGUACGAAAGCAACCCGGCUCAUGAUCUCGUCAAUGAAGGGCCUAAAGGGGGACAGGGUGAAUAUUGCGAACCCGUGGUAUCGAGUACGGAUGGCAUAACCAAAUACGGUAAUCCGCUGUACGAGGAACUUGAAAGAGAGAAGGCGCAGAAGGGUUCAACGCUGAAGUUAGAUAAUGAUGAAAUUAUCGAUGAAGAUGUUUAAUAAUGCAGUUGGAUAAGGGUUGGACAAUUUGGACAAGGUAAAGUGUAAAUAAUUAAUUUAGAUUGCAUUCGCUUGUACCUUAUAACGACAAAGCAAAUGCUAUAAAAACAUACAUACAUAGAAAAAGGGAGAAAAAAACAUUUGUAAAUAUUCUUGUUCUUAAACGCUUUUGCGUUGAUUCAAAUCCCUGAUUAUGAAAACAAAUGGAUUAUAAACACAAGUAUUUUUAUAAUCCACGCUAAUUUUGGUUUAUAUAAUAUAUAAAUGUAAUGACGUGAACUUUGUAAAAGUUCAAAUUUU